CAGGGUACCCCUUGGGUUCGUAUGUGGUGGGUAUGAUUUUGGUUGAUUCAAUUUUUUUUUUUUUCGUUUGAUUUCCGUUUCAACAAGUCAUGAACCUUAUGUUAUUUUCUUUCGUUUUGAAGGUUAUCCUGUGGGAACUGGGGGUGAGCUAUAUGGUGGUAGUAUGUUUAUGAAAAGUGCCGCUUCUGACACUGACCAAGGCAAAGCGAUUCAGUCGAUCAAUGAAAAAUGGGGAGAGAUCGGAAGUAAUGGACGCCCAUGGGGUGGAAGAGAGACGAUAGGCAUUCAAGUUUGUAAGAAGAAAUACUCCCCGUUUCUCUUCACCAUCGAUACUUUGAACGGCGACGAAAAUGAUGCCAACGCUAUCAAUGACAAUUCAACAACUAGUAGCAGCGAAAAAAGGAGGACAGUGAGAGUUGUCAGGAUGUUUGGCUGUCCACACCAUUCUCAUCUACGAAAAGAAAAAAUUGAACGAAAUGGAAUCCGAAACGGUUGGGAGCCGUUUGGUCAAUGGUCACUUCAGAAGGCUCUUCUACUAGCCCGAAACGCAACGAUUCAACUCAAUAAGAAUGACGAAGCUGGUAAUGAAUGUGAUGAUAGGGAUAAACAAAUUUCUGGCUUCGCAAGCGACGGUAAUGGUGCUGUAAGUAAAAAAGUAGGUAUGGGUAGUCGACGCAAAAACAAUUGCUUGGCAAUUGAAGAAUUAAAAUCAAUAUGUCACAAUGGUAAAUGCUUAUGGAAGAAACGAAACAAGUAUGAUGACAUUUUUGAUGAAAUCACGCGACAGGCAGGAUUCUCUUGUGAAGAAGAAACAUCAGGACGGUCGACCUUUUCGUCCUAAAUUACAGCAGCGACCACUCAUAAUUCUUUGAAAACAUUUCUCCGCUGUAAUGGCGGAUUGAAGAGAAAGUGAAACAAAGAUGUCGAUCAUGUAUCCACCUGUGAAUUGCAAUUUUGCGAUGGAGACUUCUUUCAUUCAAGUCUGGGAUGUAACCGAUCUAAACCUUGAAUGGCGAGUAAAUUCACCUUCCGUAAUGACCUGGAUGAGGCAAAUAAUUAAUUAUGAGCAAAUCUAGCGAACCAGGAAAGGAACUGAGCCGCAUAAGCUGUACAAUAGUUUGCUCUAUUUGACAAAAAUCAAUCAACAAAAUGGACCGUGGGUGGAGGUGUCUUCGAAGACUUGAGUUGCUUCUUCAACUUGGGCUCUUUUCAUUACUGCUGGCUCUUACAAAAUACGUCUUAUCAGUUAAAGUAACCAGCUUCAGUUUUGAUAGAUGAGAUCUAAAUUUGUGCACGUACUCACUGACUUUUGUUCACUUGGGGCAAAAGCCAUUCCAAAGCUUGGCGUUCGCAGAAUAAAAAUCACUUGCCAAGUUCUUUUACUCUCCUCCUAUUUACAGUACAUCAUCGGGGCUUGAAUUUUCAUGUGUGAAAGAAGAUAAUUGAUGCAAAGCCCAUCCGUCUCCAAUACUAUCAUGGAGAUAUUCUUAUUCUAUGUUUCAAACUAAUACUCCAACCUGCAAAUUUGAGGGAAGGUAACCCAAAACAGCAGUAUAAUCUUAGUUUACGGCAGGGUUGUAAGUGAUGAUCACAUCUUUUUACUAUCAGCUUUUAUUCCCAAUGUGAUCUGGUAAUAGAGAGUAAAAAAGCCA